AUGAUGCUCCCCCGUCCAGAUUUGACCGCGCUCGGCAUCACUCAUCGGCGAAUCCCCCUCAUGGCCAUUGGCAAGGAUGUGUAUUGCGACUCUGCGGUUGCCGUGGACGCUCUACAGGCCUUGUCGGCCACGCUACAAUCUAGCCCAUCCGACAAGGCUUUUGAAGCAUACGGUAACACCAUAAUCGGUAUCAUGCUGAGGGCAUUCGCUUUAGAUAGUUUUCCUGGGCUCGUGCAAGAUCGAGCCACUAUUUUCUCGGUGGUAACGAGGCCGGACCACGCAACUCUGCGCGAGAGCGCAUUGAGCGAGCUCAAGUCCAUAUUUGAGAUUUUGGAAUUUGAAAUGCUUGCAGAUCGCAAGUUUGUCGCUGGUGAUGCUAUGACCAUUGCUGAUAUCAAUGUUGUUUUCGUUGUAAGAUGGGCGCUGCUUGACUUGCAAUUUGAAAAAGUUCCUGGAUUCGGAACUGCUGAUCUUCCGCGUGUAUAUGCAUGGAUCUCCCGUAUACCACUGCCCGAGGCUGUGAUCAAAAUUAGUGCAGAGGAAGCUUCAGCCAUCAUCUUGGAAUCCGAGCCGGGUCAAUUGAGCUUGUCAAAUGUUGAUCUCCAUGCAAUUCCCAUUGCCACCGGAGUUGUGGUCGAGACAGUUGAUUCGGUUCCUGGGUCUCAUCCUCAAUAUGGUACUUUGAUUGGAUCUGCUCGCCAUAAGGUGGUCAUUGAGAUUGAGAACGGGCUGCGGCUUCACUUUCCAAAAAGAGGUUACAUUAUCCGUUCGGAAGAAUCUUUCCAAAAAUGUGGCAUAUCAUAG